CUGUAGGUUUGAAAAUGAACUCCACGGAGAUAGCAGAAACGACCCCGGAUGACAGCCUCUAUAGCAAUUACUAUCUCUCUGAAAAUAUCCCCGAGCCUUGCAUCAAAGAAGGAGUCAAGGCAUUUGGGGGGCUCUUCCUGCCUCCUCUCUACUCCUUGGUCUUUCUGUUUGGUCUGUUUGGAAAUUCCAUGGUGGUUCUGGUCCUGUUCAAGUACAAGCGGCUCAGGUCCAUGACUGAUGUGUACCUGCUCAACCUCGCCAUCUCGGACCUUCUCUUCGUGCUCUCUCUUCCUUUCUGGGGCUACUACGCUGCAGAUCAGUGGGUGUUUGGAUUAGGUCUCUGCAAGAUUAUUUCCUGGAUGUACUUGGUGGGCUUUUACAGUGGCAUAUUCUUCAUCAUGCUCAUGAGCAUCGACAGAUACCUGGCGAUCGUGCACGCGGUGUUUUCCUUAAGAGCCAGGACUGUGACGUAUGGGGUCAUCACCAGCUUGGCCACGUGGUCAGUGGCUGUAUUUGCCUCCCUCCCAGUCCUUUUAUUCAGCACUUGUUACACAGAGCACAACCAUACCUACUGCAAGACCAAAUACUUGUUCAACGGCACGAGGUGGAAGGUUCUGACCUCAGUGGAGAUUAACACUCUAGGAUUGGUGAUUCCCUUAGGGGUCAUGCUGUUUUGCUACUCCAUGAUCAUCAGGACCUUGCAGCACUGUAAAAAUGAGAAGAAGAACAAGGCAGUGAAGAUGAUCUUUGCAGUGGUGAUUCUUUUCCUGGGGUUCUGGACACCAUACAAUGUGGUACUCUUCCUGGAGACCCUGGUGGAUCUAGAGGUCCUUCAGAACUGCGCCUUUGAAAGACACCUGGACUAUGCCAUGCAAGCCACAGAGACCCUGGCUUUUGUUCACUGCUGCCUUAAUCCAGUCAUUUACUUUUUCCUGGGAGAGAAAUUUCGCAAAUACAUCAUACGGCUCUUCAAAACCUGCAGGGGCUCUUUCAUGCUCUGCCAAUACUGUAGGCUCCUCCCAAUUUACUCCCCUGACACCCCCAGCUCAUCUUACACACAGUCCACAGUGGAUCAUGAUUUCCAUGAUGCUCUGUAAAAAAUGAAAAUGCAAAAGACAGAGUUAAUAAGCUUCUCAAACUAAGAGCUUACUUAAAAUUGUAUUAUAGGAAGAAUUCCCCUGAGCAAGUGUCAGCAAGAAGACUUACAUCCAUUGCAGAAAGUAGGGCUUCUCACCCUUCAGUCAGCUUCUCCUCUUGCCACAUGCCAGUUCAGUCCUGCAAGAGUUCACCCAGCCCGAGGUGUCCUUCCCCACCCCAGGCUGGCCUGCCGGGAUGAAUAAACCGAGAAGGAUUCUGAGCAGUGUUGCAAAGCAGUUAUAAAUAAUAUUGGAAGGGGAAGACCAUUCUCUUCUAACCUGAAUUGAUGGAGUUCUCCUGAGGGAAUCAGAGAGAAUUGACUGGUGGAAAAAAUCGCUACUUCCUAGCUUUUGUGGAACAAUAUAAAAAACUUUGACAUGCUGUCCUAGUGUUUUUUCUAAUAAUAUACCUGAAGCCAGAUAUAGUCCAUGAAGCCAGGUCUACAUGGAAAUGAGUAGUGAAGUAAUGAACUUAGAUCUUGAUUAUUUUAUUAUAAAGGAUUAUUUGUUAAUGGAAGCCAAAGUAUUUAUGCUAAUUCCAAGUGUAAGAUUAUAAAGGCAUUAUAAAGUAUGACAAUGCUUCCUUUAUCAUUUUAAAGGGCCUGUCUCCAAGUGAGGCAGGAAUAAUCAACUGAAAGUUAUUGCUGAUGUGACAUAAAAAUGACUGUCAAAAAAUUACAAAAUUGUGAAAAGUGCCAUCCACUCUUUUUAAAAUAUUGGCCCUGGUUUUUAACUUUUGGAUGACUCAAAAGGUCAUUCUUAGAAGUCAUUUUAAUUAGGUAAUUAAUCAUUUUAUAUCAUGAAGAGAAAUCUCUGUUCUUACUCACAGCCUUAAUUAAUCACAAUUAAGCAAAGACAUUAACAAAGCUAGGCAUACUAGCUUUGUAGCGCCUUCGAAAACAAAAACCUAUCUUGCAAACCAUUAACUGAGUUAAUCAGUUAAAACAGCUUCUGCAAGUUUACACAUUAUCGCAUGCUCUGCAUUGAUAAAGAAUGCAUUUCUAGAAAAUUUACUUUCAGAAAAGUGAUUUUUAAAGGUACGCUGAUGUUGCCUUAAUAGAAAAAUAAAAUAAAAUAAACUUGUAUAUAAUACCACAGAGCCUUUUUUCCUGCUCAUGUUUGUGUUUGAUCUGAUGCAGUUGGGAAUCCGAGUGGCCGAUGUCCCCCUUGCCUCGCUUACUCAUCUUCACCACAACAUCUAUGUGACAAAGAUCAUACGGAUGUGCCCGAGGGGAGGAAUAGAGGGUUCUCUCUUAAGAUUUCUGCUUGGAGUGGAGAAUGGAGUCACUAUUGUGUUAUAGUGCCCCUGGAGAUUAGAGCGGAUAAGAAGUGAAGGCUGGGCUAGGUCCCUAGGCAGUUUCUUUGGAAAACCUCUGCAUGGUAUACUAGGGUCUGCCAAAUCCCAGCUCUGUGCAUUCCCUUCUGAGCCUGAGCAUGUGACUUUCCUCUCUUAGCCUCAGUUUCCUCUCAUCUGUAAAGCAGAAUAUAUUUCGGAAUGAUUGAAAGAAAGAACUCAGACAAUUAGUGCAAAGCACCGAUGUUCCUAGGUCGUAGAAAAAAGGUGGUUUUGGAUUAGCCCAGCCAGCAUUUCCCUUUCUUGGCAGAGCUUGUAAUUUUAUUCAAUUAAUCACAGUGAGAAGGAAAUUUCAGGAUAUCAAAAGACAAAGACUUGGCCAAAGGGGUUUUACUAUCCCUUCAUUCCUCAUCACUUAAACUGCUAAGCGAGGGUGAGGUGCAGACCACGCAGAUUCCAACCCUCCCCCCAAGGAUGGGGUCAGCCAUCACGUCAAGUCAUUUAGGGCUCCGCUUGUUCAAAGUUGAAGGGAUAUUUCCUUGGGAUGGGAAUUUAGAAUCUCUAGUGACACCCAAACACAACCCUCUGAGAACACUGAAAAGCAAGUUCCUUCCCAUUCAGUAACAGAAACAUAGAUAAGCAAACCAUCAUGAUUUCUAUACAAAAGUGGGUUGAACUUUAAUUUUUUUUAUCAAACAUUUGACUCAUUCCUUUCUUGUUGCAAUGUGCCUAGGGAACAUUGUUGCAAUGUUUCUAGGGAACACAGACUAGAUAUAAUUUGUUUAAGAACAGUAGAAACAGGUUUGCUUUUGGGGUGAUGUAAAUGUUUUGGAACCAGACAGAGGUGAUGGCUGCAUAACAUCGUACAUUUUUAAGUGAUUACUUUCAUAAUAUGUGAGUUUUACCUUAAUAAUUCUCCCACCAACAGCAAAAAUAAUAAUAGGAAGUAACCCUAUCAGUAUCUGUCCUAUAGUAGGCAUUCAAAUUAUAUUGAAUAAAUAAAUAUCAUCUGCUUCUCAGGAGCAGGAAAAGUGCAGGAUGAUGUCAAAAGGCCAUCUAACCUUUAGAGAGGUUUUUCCUAAGAAACUCACAACAAUGUGGAACAUUUGAUAUAAUUAAUUUCUACUCAUGGAAUGUUUAUUUUGUGCCAAGCAGAAUGUGAGAGAAUAAAAAGAUAAAGGAGGAAGUUCUGCAUUCAUUGAAUUUACAAUCUGGCGAAGGGAAACACAAACACAAGAUCAAUCAUAACGCAAGCAGGGCAGAUAAUAAUAAUAGAGUUACAAACGACAUUUGCUUUGGGACCCAAAGCGAAGGAGAAAUGGAUUCAAUUUCAUAUUUGUAUAAAUACAAUUAGCUUUUGAAGUGGGCUUUGUUAAAGGAGCAUGAUUUUGAUGAAUGGAAGGGAGGAAGAACAUUCUAGACUGAUGAAAUAGCAUAUGAAAAAGGCAGGGUGGUGUUACCAGUGUUUGGGGAGUGGUGAGUAGAAUUUUGUAGUUAAAGUGAAUAUGUUUGGGAUGGGGAAAAGGAGCAAACUAGGCAAAGAUGAGAGAGAUCAAAGAAAAAUUAUGGACCUAAGAGGCUCUGGUUUUGAGCUACUGAGUCAGCUGCCAUCCCAUAUUAAACUUGAAAAGACCGUUCGUGGAUGCUGCAGUGUGCCGUCCUUGUACCCCCUGUUCAGGACUGAAGCAUUCAUUCUACAGCUACCGGAAGUAUUAACAGCUGACAGUUUGUCCCCUGUCAGGAUUGUCCUCCAUGGGUGCAGUUCACAUCCAGUGACUGGACAAUGAUGGGAAACAAACACUUACCUUCUUGCCUUAAUUUGGGACA